AUGGGCUUUCUCAGACGGAUAUUAUCUCUUGGAGGCAAGAAGAGCAAGAAAAAUCGAAGGCAUGAUGACAUACAAGACCCUGGCGAGCUGGAUUUUCGGUAUCGACCCCAGACGGAGGAAGAAAGCGAGGCAGCAGCCAACCAUCUCCUCCGCUCGUCCUCUGCCCGCUUUGCUACUGUUGCUGAAAUGGACUAUCAUUCGCUUCCCCCUCUUCCUCACCCCAUUGACCAUGUUCUCCGAACACCGACGGAAUCAACUUGUAGUCUUGAAAGUGGAAGUCUUGCACGACGCGGUACUUACUCAGUAACAGUAUACCCACGAGAACGCCAUACCGGUUCAUCGGGUUACAAAAGCACUGCGUCUGUGGAGGAGCUUGUGACGCCUCGUGCAGGUCGCUCAAAUCAUUCAAACCAUCUUCCCCCAGAAGAUAGUCAGAUAUAUCGCCUUCGUUCAGACCCUUCCGUGGCAAGUCUGCUGGAAUUAUAUGACAAAGACGGCGGUAUACCUGCUCGCGCUUUCGCAGAUUCGUCUCCUUCCCCACAAUCGCAAUCUUCUCCGCCGAGAGAGGGUCGUGCGCAAUGUCGUAGGAGCGGUUCUACGUUGCGUCAGCUACUAGGAAGUCCUCUUCCCAAGGGCAGCGAGUCCGACACUUUUGAGGGAGAUAUCUCAUGGGCCGAACGUUUCUUAGAUGAGAGAGACUCUGCUUUUUCGUCGGCAUCGUCUCUCAGCAUAAAAACUCCCAUCCUUCCUCCCGAAUUCGGGAGUCCAAGUGCUCGCGUCUACGCUGAGCCUAUGCUCUCUCAAGACCAUGAUCGUUCCGUGGCCAUUUCAGACAACCCUACCUUUUCUUCUAUGGAAGUGGAACUGAGUGUACUUACUGACGCUACCUCAGCGUCGGAGCACUCAGUUGAGCCGCCCAAACCAUACGAACACUCCAACCCAUCGACCCCGCAGAGAGCUUCCCAGGUUUUCGAUUUUCUUGCGGACCGACAGCGGCCUCAUCCUUCCCCUUUCGACAAUACAGAAAGACCGCUCCCAGCUGUCCCCAGUGCCCUUAGCUCCCCGUCUGACAAGAGCUCUGUCCAUAGACCAUCAUGUUCCCAAUUUUCCGACAGUUCUUAUGACGCUAUUUCCCUCUCAUCUUGCAAUCCCCCUGCUCCUUCAGAGGGUCAUGGCAUCUCAAGUCGCGGACGACCUCUUUCUGCUUCAUUUGGCUCUUCUUCGUUGGGUAAGAGAGAUCGUUCUGCCUCCCCUGCGCCACCACCAACGCCUGUAAAAUCUUCACGCCACCGGCCUUCACGAUAUACUCCAGCCCCGGCUCUUCCUCCCCUCGUGUACGACGAAUACAAUCAAUACAAGACUCCCAAGUCACACAUAGAUGACACGCAACCCACUACCGCCAAACCCCGCAAGGUCAAAGUCAUCAUGACAGAUCCCACGACAGUCAUUGUAACAGCCCCAACACCAUCUACAAAUAACAUAGAACGACCAUCAUCACGCCCCAUUGGGAGAUCUCGCUUCAAGAAGGGCCCGAGUCCCGCUAGGGCAACUUUACUUGAUCGUUCCAAUUCUCAGGGAUCAACUUCGGACCAUUUCACAGCCCUCCCCACACGCCAUAGGAAGGCCAGACGAGUUUCGAUAUCGUCUGCGGGGAGCGCUAGGCAGAAGGAGAAUGGCACUGUGGCCCUGUCAACCUUAACUGCGAAGGCGGAGCUUCCGUUCACGCCUGUGCGUAGUCACUCGAAAUCGCUCUUCCGAACGGCGGUUACUCCAGGGAUAUACACACCUCCAGAUGAUGUGGUGCCGUCGCCCGCAUCGUCUACAGAACUUUCGCCCGUUGGGAAGCAAGUUAUGAUAGAAGCGAGGAAACAGAGAAUGAGACUUGCGCCAGGACAAUAG